AGAGAGUAGAGACCGAGUCGUUAACCAUCGGUGAUCGGUCCCUACGUGGAUAUCUAGCCAAGGGUUUGCCGUUUUGCAGUCGACAAUAAAGCCAUGAGGACAACAGUAGAGAAAGUUGUCAAGUGUAAACCCUAAAUCUUGGCUGAUAAACCUCUCUCCCUCCCUCGCAACCUCUCUGAUCAGCUCCUCCGCCCAGCCGGAAGAAGCAACUUUCGCGAUCGUCUUGCGAUCUUUCUCCGAGAGCGGGGACGUCGGGAAAAUCCUUCCGAGAUGGACAAGAAUAUGCUCGCUGGGCUGGAAGGUAUGCCCGAGGAAGACAAGAUGCGAAUGGCCUCCAUGAUCGACCAGCUCCAAAUCCGCGACAGUUUGAAGAUGUACAACUCGCUUGUGGAGAGAUGCUUUACCGACUGCGUGGAUGACUUCACCCGCAAAUCUCUCAAGAAGCAGGAGGAAACUUGUGUGACGAGAUGUGCCGAGAAGUUCUUGAAGCAUUCAAUGCGUGUUGGGAUGAGAUUUGCGGAGCUCAACCAAGGAGCUGCCACUCCGGACAACUGAUUUGGUUGCCCAUUACCUUUAGUCUGUUUCUCUAGUUCAAAUGGAUAGAUCUCGGUUCUUUCGUUACUGUAUCUUUCAAGUUUUCCCAAGUGAGAAUCAGAAGAGAGUAGUAUGUGAGGUUUAUAUCCCCAUUACAUAGCUCUUUCAUAUACAG